CUUCAGGUUCUUCAAGUUCUCAACAAUCAAUUAUAGAAAUAUUACAACGUAUAACCCCUCCUCAUAAAGGAAUUAAAAAAAUUAACAUUUACCAGGCAGUUGCUAAAUGGCUUGUUAUCGAUAAUCAACCACUUGAUACAGUUAAUGGAGAAGGCUUUU